AUGCAGCUGCAGGCUCGUGCGCCUUCCUGGAGCCCCAACAAGGGAAGCAGAAGUAGGGUCAGCACCAAACCCUUCAUUGUGAAGACCGCAGGUAUCAGGGCCGUAGUUCUUGGGAGGACUGAAGUCAGACCUAUUGAUGACCUGACAGACUUUGGAUUUAAUAAUGUCAAGUAUGACAUCAAACUGAUCAAGCUGUUCAAGGGCCCGAAGAAAAAUUAUAAUGCAGUCUACACUGCAUCCAACUCUGCAGCGUGUGGAGUCAAUCUAAUCAAUGGCACGGAGUACUUCAUGUCAGGACGCCUGGAUUUCCACGGCUUUCUUCAAGUCGGCCUAUGCGGUUUUGUUCGGCCAUGGGAGGACAUGAGCUUCAUGCAGAAGAAAGGUGUAUCGCAGACCUACAAAACAGGCUGCAAUUGCAAGAUCACGAACUGCUACUCCAUCCCGUGCGGCAGCAGCUUCGCCGAAUGCUUGUGGCCGGACUUUCUGAUGUUUACGGUGUUCCGGAACUUUGCGUGCGUCGAGAAAAGCGACGGCUCUUGUGCCUGGUCCAGUUGGAUUGUCUAG